CUCGGCGCGGCCGCGGAGAGCUGGGCCAUCAGCGGCCGCUGGGCGCCACCGACCUGCCAGAGGUCGUACUCUCUCGCACCAAGGCGUCCGGAGCGGCGUGGUCCCACAAAACAGCAGGGCCAGCCCCCAUCACACUGGGCCAGACAGCCAGAGAGGGGCAGCCGGUACGGCAGCCAGGGGCGGCCCAAAAGAUACCUGACAGGACAGCCAAAACAAAAUGACGGAGCGCCAGCACCUCGGCCGCGGCCUCGAGGUGUCAAGAAGGACGACGGCCGACUCCGAGGACCUGGAUCUGCUCGCGGAUUUCAACGUCGAGCGCAUCCAGCAGUUCCUCAACAAGCCCUUCGAGCGCGUGGGCGAAGCGCUGGAAAAGGUCGAGGAAAGACUAAAGGCACAGAACAUCACGCUCGUGGACGACUUGAAGCGCGAGAACGACCGGUCACCGAGACCACGUCGAGAACAAGUGAAAAGGGACCCGACGCUGUCCUCGACACGAAAAAUGGGGCCCCGCGCCCGCUUCGGCGACGGCGACGGCGGGUUCUGGGAUAGGUGGCUCACGGACGCGGGCUGCGCUUCGGGUUCAGGUGACUACGCGAUGCCUACGAACGAUGUUGCUGCUGGUUAUGUGGCGCCUAAAUCGGGCUUCAAGGCUCCUUUAGGUGAAGAGGUGCCGUCGCCGCCGCCGCGCCGGGUUUCUUCUCCUCCAAAACCAGAGCAGGUUGCUGUGGAUGUUGAUGGAAGGUUUUACAAAGCCUACGGUAUUGAUGAAGAGGACCUGAAACCGUCCGAGCGGCGCAUGUUGCGGGCCCUCGACGCGUCUUCCUCAUCUAAAGUGUCCGUGGCUGCCCAGCAUUUGAUGGACGACGAGGCCACUGCCUUAGGUAGGGCGCUGACACGCGCCGACGUUGAGCUGACUUCAUUGGAUGUGUCGCGCAACGCCCUCGGGAAGGGUUUGAAUGCUGUCCUGCGCGGCGCCGCCUCUUUCUCAAAGCUCGAGACCUUCGACGCGUCGGGCGUCAGCCCCUUCGCUAUGGACGCCUUGGCCUCGGCAUUGACGGGUGGCUUUGACGGACUGCGGGUCCUGCGCCUCGCGCGGUGCCAGCUGCGCGACGGUUCAAUGGUAGAACUGUGCCGCGCGCUGCGGUCGCGGGACGCGCCGCCCCUCGAGGUGCUGGAUUUGAGCAACAACGCCCUCGGCGACGGCGACCCGCAAGGUCAGGACGACGCGGCCUGGUACCGGGCCCCCUUCUUCGGGCCGCUCGGGGCGCUCGUCGGCGACGCGUCUACGCUGGACGACGCCGACAAAGAAAAGGACCUCGUCGAGGGCGAGCGGCGGGACGGGCCGCUGUCGCUGACCUCGCUCGACGCGUCCGGCAACCGGCUGCGGCCCGAGAACGUGCGGGGCAUCGCGCACGGCCUGAGCGUGUCGCGGCUGCGCCACCUCUCCCUGAAUGACAACCCGGACGUUGGUAACCAGGGUGGCAUCGCUCUUGGCGCAGCGAUCCGCACGGUUCGGGCCGGCGUCCUUUCAUUCAACGUGCGCGCGUCGCGACGACGUGGUCUCCUCGACGACGUUGUUGCCGCGAUGGCGUCGAGGUGGACCGCCAUAUAAACGCGAGAAACACGCAGGCGGCGCUGCUCGAGGAGCUGUCCCUCGCGCGAACUGGACUAAAUGCGACGGGCGCUGUGGUCGUGGCCGUCGGCGCGCGACGUUCAAGGUAUGUUCACCGCCUGGACGUCUCGGGGAAUGCCGUAGGUGCUGCCGGUGUUAUCCUCACGUCGCUCGCGCUAGACGAAGAACGAAAUUGUUCAGUGGUGAUGCGGGACUGCGACUUCGUCGCGGCGUCGGAGGAGGUGGUCGUAGACUGGCUCCACCAGAUCACCGUGUCGCGCAAGUCGCGGCCGCCUUUGCGGUACGAGUUCCAUGUCGAGGACCCGCUCGACGCGGCGCUGGCGUCCGAGACGCUGCGGCUGUGCGCGCGGGACGACUUCGCCGUCGCGGGCGCCGUGGCCCGCGUCGCCGCGCCAGUGAGGAGGCCCGUCGAGGCGCCGCGGACGGACGCCCGGGCGCGGCGGCCAGCGAUGAUCGCUCCGAAAACCUUCGACGCGUUCCGCCUGCGGCGCCCGCAAGAGAAUACCAAAGACGUGCUCGACGCGCGAACCGUGAAGAAGGUCCGGGCGGAGCUCGAGCCGAAAUUAGCGCGGCGCGGCAAGGCCGUCGCCCGAGAGACGCUCGACCUCACGAAGAUGGAGAAGCUCCUCAAGUCCGUGGACAGUAAUGCCACGUCAAAGGACGCGGAGCGCGCGCUCCGAUUCCUGGACUUUGACGAAAGGGGGACGGUCGACGCGUUCGCGGCGUAUCGCUACGCGCUCGAAGACACGCCCCAGCUUUUGCGGCAGCGCGCGGCGGGCGCCGCGCCUCCGCGACCUCUGCGCAAGGAGGAUGACGCCUUCGACGUGCCGGUGACGGGCGUCCUGCAGCUGCGGUGUUUCCUGGAGCGCACAGUGCGCGGUUCUCGGAGUGCGAACGUCCUCAAGCUUGCUCAGGACCUGGACGAUUGCGUCGCGGCGGCACACCUCGCUUGUAAGGCGCGCGUCAAGCUGGACGUCGACGACGCCCUGGCGCUGGCUCUGUCGCUCGCGCAGCGCGACGACUGCACGGACAUUUCGGCCGUGGCCCUCGUGGUGCCGCUGACCGUGGACCCGAGGGACGCGCGCUGCGUCCGCGACGCUUUGUUGGGGCGGCUGUUUUCGUACAAAGCCGACGCGGAGGAGCGUCUCUCGAUCGUGGAGCGGUACCGCGCCUUGCGGGCCAAGCUCGGGCCCGGCCACCGCGCCUUCCUCGGGCCCCGCGACGGCCGCUACGCCCUCGAUUUGUCGCGGCCCGGCGACCGCACGGCGCUGCGCGAGCUGUUCGCGGUCGAUGCGUUCCGCAACUGCCGCGUCGACGGCUCCUACCAGCCCCUCGGCAUCACAAUCGGCGGGGAGCCGAAGCGCGACGCGCAGCUCGCGGCGCUGUUCGCAUCCGAGGGAGCGCCCUCGCUCGGUUCGCGAACGGACGGCCACGUGGUCGUCGACGUCGCGUCGCCCGCCCCGCCCCAACCGGAGACGACGCCCGCGCUGGAUUCGACUGUCUUUGUGGACGCCUGCGAGGCGUUCGGUUGGUGCCGAUCCGACGAGCAGCGGCGCGCCUGGGCGACGCUCGUGGAAGGGCCCCGACCGGCGGACAAGCCGACUAAACGUUUAUUCGGCGGCAAUCGUUGCGCCGCGGCGGCGUUCGUCGAGCUCUUCCGGCUCCGGUCGCUCGUCAAAGCAGGUCUUCCCGACGUUCGGCGACGGCGACAGCCCGAGACGCUCACGGUGGCCGGGUCGUGCGAGUCUCUCGGCAGAGCGCGGCGCCGCAGCUCCGAUGCUUCCCAGCGACGAGUAGCACCCGACGUGGCCCUCGAGGACGCGCUGGAUCUAGUCGGCGCGGCUCCGUCCGUGACGGUGAACCAGGCCCGAGCGUUAUUACGAUGGUGCCCCUUGGCCGACGACGGGCUGCCCGCGCAAGUUCCAAAUGACGACGACGACGCCUGGGCCACGGAGGAGGACGCGUGCUCGGGCCGGAGGGCUCGCCUUACCUGUGCGCUGCUGGCGAAGCUCAGAGGGCCGAUUGACUUAGCAGCGCUGUUCGAAAUUUUGACACCACCCGAGCGGGCGCGCGUCGUGAACCAGGCGGGCUGGGCGAAUGUCUGGUCCCCGCUUCGGCCGGACGGGUGCUACGUGCUGAACCUGGCGCUACCAGAAGAUCGGCAGAUAGCACGCUCUUUGACGCAUAUCGAAGCGAGCGAGACCUACUCGCAAUUGCUAGAUCUGCGGCUGCUCGACGUGCCUUCCAUUGAUAACUGGGCGACGCCCGCCGCAGAAAAGGUUGUAGCCGACAAUCCGUGGCGGCGCGAGCUGCCCGCGAAAGGCACCUGGGGCAUCACAUUCCGGUCGAAAUCCGAUGAUCCUCGCGACAGCGACUUAGCGCUCCGGGCAGCGUUAGCUGUGUUGACGACGGCGGCGCCGCCCGAGGCGUUCGCCCUGGUGCCGGAUGCGCCCUUCGGAAAAUCGACGCCUGCGAUUGUCGCGCGCAAGUCGCGGAGCCAGCUGAAGGGGGCUUGCCGGUUGGAGGAUGCGGUGUACGACUGGGAGCGGCCUAUUGUUUGAGCCCCGCCGCCGUCGCGACCCCCUGUAGCACGCGCCCCACCGCCGCCACCGCCGCCACCGGAUAUGUUAGUAAGAAUGUAACAAAACACAAAC